UCAUCCAUACAAAGGGCGUCUUAGUUCUCCUUUGAUCCCGGCUUGGUACGCACGUCUUCCCUCGCACAGCGCCGAAGUACGAAGGCUAGCCGACUGGAUACAUCUCGAGUGGGCCGACUCUCUCCGAGAUUUGGUGUAUCGUGACGAUUACCUGUCGUUUAGUCGGCCCUCCAAGCUCGACGCUCGCUCACGGACUAAUCUUCGAAGAUCCUCGGGAGGAUGUAUCGUUUACUCGUCGGUUGCAUCGCGUUACUUAGCGUACACGGAGAUCGGCCGUUCGUCUCGGCGCCGCCUCCGCCGGACAACUUCCCCGACACGUUGUCGUCCACCGACAGGAAUUUGUACGGUGCGCAGGACGCGUCUACGAGCGUCAAUAAUCCAGAAUCCGGCUGUCCGUGCUUGACAUCGGUCAAUAGCACGGCGAUCCCCGGACAAUCGACGAUGCAGCAUCUCGAGCAAUUCUACAGCCGGAACGUGAUGGUGCACGGCAUGAUGUGCACAUGCAACGUCGGCCUGCGCGGCGCCCCGAUGAGGGACGAUUAUCAUUACUCCGUGGGUAUUGGCGCGCACAAGCUGCACACGAGAGCCGUCGCGUGGAACGACGCGAGGAAGGUCUGCAAUGAGGAAGGGGGUCACCUCGCGAUCAUUAAUUCCGUCGCGGAGGCGCAUAUAUUACUGGAGAUUUUUAACCACUCCGGACCGAUCAAAGGUGCGGUGUAUCCCGACGAGGCCUUUCUAGGCACGCAUGACCUUUAUAGAGAAGGUGAUUGGGUCACGGUGUUAGGAGAUUCGCUGGCGAAAACCGGUUACACAAGGUGGAGCGAUAAGUGGGGCGGGCAGCCCGACAAUGGAGGCGGCAAACAACACUGCGGCGCUUUAAUGAAAGAGGGUGGCAUGGACGACGUCGCGUGCGACGUGCCGUUUCCAUUUCUCUGCGAACUGCCGCUGAUGCAGGUCCUCCAGUGAGAACGAAAUCUCGCGGAGGAUUCGUCAUCGGGCGAUGCCGAGUGAUAUUUAUGGUCUCGAUUUCGCCGCGAUCUCGGUCAAACCACCUCACGAAAUAGAGGAGCGCGCGGAAAAUGGGGGGGCGGAACUAAUUUCGAAUUUCGUAUCAUAUUCGAGCUACGAAUUAUAGCCAUCGAGAGAGAAACCGCAUGGUGGCCGGUAAUUGCUAUCUUUGUAUUACAUCAAAUUUGCCGGAAUAUUAACGCGAAUGAUAAUGUAAUCCACUCAAAUGGUUACCGAUGCGACGGACAUGUAAUUUCACGAAUAUUAUCGUUUGCAGUAGUAUUGCGUGCGAUUUAUAUUCAUUCAUAUAACAACGUCGCUCGUGCAUCGUAGAUGCGUUAGUCGAUCUUUACUCGAUCCAAUUUUUCGCGCUGCUCGAGCGCCACGAGUAUGUGUAAC